ACUUGUCUCUCAAGCCAUGAAGCUAAGAAUCAGAUCUCUCGAAUCCAAAGAAACCCUAAAAAUCGAGGUUCCGGAUUCAUGUUCUUUGCAGCAACUCAAAGAAACUGUAUCUCGAGCCAUCUCAGCCCCCUCCUCUUCUCUGCAUCUCUCGCUCAAUCGGAAGGACGAAAUCAAUGCUUCCUCCCCAGAAGAAUCGUUGCACUCCAUUGGCAUAGCCAGCGGUGACCUCGUUUUCUACUCUCUCAAUUCCAAUGCCUUCAUCUCUGAAAUCCCACUAGUGCACAAGCCUGGACCAUCGGAGGCCAAACACACCGAUCAUAUCAUGCAAAAAACCCCAAAUCAACAUUCAUCAGAAGGGCAGAUGGAGGCUGGAGAGACUGAUGUGAUGGCCGAUGAUAUUGCUGACUCAGAACAACAGCCCGCGGUUUCGGAGAGCAUGGAAAUUGUUGAUGCGUCUGUUGAGGUGAUGGGGAAGCGCGAUUCUGAACCUUCUUUCGUGAAAAGGGUGCUUAGGGAGACGUUGAGUAGUGAUCGUAAUGAUGUAAAGCUGUUGGUCGUCUCUAUUCAUGCCAUUAUUCUGGAAUCUGGCUUUGUCUUGUUAGAUAGGGUUUCAGGCAUGGCGGUUGGCUACUCGAAUAUUCUGGAUCAUGGGCCGUCGACGACUUCGACGUUAUCUGUAAGAUAUUCUUUGCCUGAAAUCCUAACUAAUGGUUCUGAUUCGACCGAAACUGUGGUAUUGAAAUUUCAGAAUUUGGGGCAUUUUGUUAAUGUGUACGGCUCCUUGUCGGUUGGGGGCUCUGGUUUGUACAGAGUAGUCAUCGAUAAGCGUAAAUUUGCUCCCGCUUUAGGGUUGAUGCUGGCAAAAUCUGAUUCGAAUGAUAACAAAAUUUCGAGUGUCUAUACCCAUGAGAAAGAGGUUUUUGAGUUAUGGAAGAUGGUCAAAGAUGGGCUUGCAUUGCCGCUCUUAAUUGAUCUCUGUGAAAAAUCUGGAUUGGGUUCUCCGCCAUGCUUUAUGCGCCUCCCAACAGAACUUAAACUCAAGGUUUUGGAGUAUCUUCAUGGUGUUGAUAUCGCCAGAAUAGCGUGCACAUGUUCAGAAAUGAGAUAUUUGUCCUCAAAUGAUGACUUAUGGAAGCAGAAGUAUGAGGAAUUGGUCGGACAGAAGAAACUAGAACUAGGAAAUAAAUCAUACACAGGCUUGGUUUGCUAG